CAAAAAUGGUUUUGUUUUGUUUGUUUUGAUUUUUGGAAAAAGUAUAGUAUGGAUAAUAGUAUGUCGGGCCUAGAAGAAUUUUGUUGCGUUUGCGUCAAAAAAUAUCCACAUUUGGAAAAUAUAACUAAUACUGAGGAUGAGAAACUCACAUUAAAGUACAAACUUUCUGUUUGUGUGCCAGACCAAAAAUGGUACGAAAACUACAAUAUAUGCAUAAAUUGUAUGGAAAAGCUGGAGUCAGCAUAUGACUUUAUACAACUCUGUUUAUGUAGUGAAGAAUCACGAAAAAAACAGUUACAAUUACUGGUUGAAGGUAAAAAAGUUAAUGCUGCAAAGGAUGAGAUGAAACUACCAGAUCAAAGCUUUAGCUGCAGUGUGUGUCAAAAACAAUUCAGGUUGAAGAGAUCUCUCAAAUUACAUCUCACCAGAAUCCAUAAUAAGCAAGAUUUUAAUAUUUCAUCAGAAAAAAAGUCCAGAAUGCUCAAUGAUGAAAACACAAUAAAGGCUGAAGAAGAAAAAUCUUUGAGUGAGAAUGAAGAAAAUUUCAACAAUGAAAGCAAUUAUUCUAGUGAUGAGGAUAGCAAACUCCAUCUAGAAAAAAUAAAGAAAUGUAAUAAUAGAAAGAAUCCUCUUACAUGUGAAUACUGUGGUAAAAUAUUUCAUAGGAGACAGCACUAUUCUGCACAUAUUCGUGCUAAGCAUACAUUUGAGAAACCAUACAAAUGUGACUUGUGUGAUGCAAAAUAUACAAAUUCACACAGUUUGCUAGUGCAUAAAAGAAACCAUAAUAAUGAAAAACCUUUCAUCUGUUCCCAUUGUGGAAAAACUUUUGUAUGCUCUGGAGACUUAUAUCACCACAGUAAAAUCCACCUGAACAAAAGGGAAUACAAAUGUAAUCUGUGUGAAAAAAGUUUCAAUACAGCUAGUAUCCUCAGAACCCACAAGAUUUGUAUGCACACUGAACCCAAAGAUUGGAAAUAUGUGUGUUCUCACUGUGAUAAGAGAUUUCCCAUCAGCUCAAGCCUAUCAACUCAUUUGAAAAGGCAUGAAGGAGUGAGAGAAUUCUCUUGUCACAUAUGUACAAAGAAAUUCUUUGAUAAAUCUGAAGUGUCCAAACAUAUUAGGAGCCAUUCAAGUGAAAGAUUGUUCAAGUGUAAUAUAUGCAAUGAUAAGGAAUACAAGAAUAGUUAUGGUUUGAGAAAACAUAUGAAAAUCAUUCAUGAUGUAGGCAAUAUGAGGAUUAUCAAACCAGAGAAGAAGUAUUUAUGUCCAAUGUGUCCUAAAAUAUUUGCAUUCAAUAACAAGCUUCAAAAACAUAUCUAUACUCAUACUGGGGAAAAACCAUUCAAAUGUAAUUAUUGUGAUAGAAAGUUUAUUGACAAUUAUUACAGAAAAAUUCAUUGGAAAAAGAAACAUAAUAUCGAGUGUAUAAUCCAACAGAAAAAUGGUUGGAUUCAUCCCUACAAUACCGAGAAUAAAGAUGUAUAUCCAGAUAUUCGCUUGCAACUCAACGAUCAAUUGAGAUGUCUGGAUGUCCGCAUGGAAGCACAAGUCGCUCUCCUGACAGAAAUUCAGGACUUUUUCCGAAAAAGGGGCGAGCUAGAGUUAGAUUAUUCGAAAAACUUGGAUAAGUUGGCUAAAACGUUACAAAUUCGUCAUAAGGAACAAAAGCAGAAACGAGAGCAGUGGCCUUUAUUCUCCAGUUAUGCUUGUUGGCAGCAACUAGUUACCCAAACAAAGAAUUUGAGCAGGGACCAUGCUGCCCUAUCUGAAGUCUACUCUACCCAUUUGGUUACUAGAUUGACUCAAGUGAUGGAGGAUGUACAACGGAUAUACAAGAGGUGCCGUGAAAUAGGCUAUGAAACGCACGAAUUAAUAUUAAGAGUAUUACAUGAAUUGCACACAACUAUGAAGACCUACCACAGUUAUCAAACUGAAUUACGGCAAGCCGAGGCAAAAUUGAGAACUGCUGAGCUGCAGAGAACCAAAAUGGAACAGUCAUUCACACAAGAUAAACUCGAACGCUCAAAAAAAUACAAACUAAUGGAAAAAGAAGUCACUAAGAGAAGAAGCAAGUACACUGAUGUGAAAGUGAAAGCACUGAAAGCCAGAAACGAAUAUGUCUUAUGUCUGGAGGCUUCCAAUACUACCAUACAUAAGUAUUUUGUAGAUGACUUAUCUGAUCUCAUUGACUGUAUGGAUUUUGGAUUUCACAACUGCAUUUCUCGUGCUUUACUAAUGCAUGUUACAUCACAAGAAGGUCACCAGAAAUCAGUACAAAAUGACUUAGAUACCUUUACAGCAUGCUUAAACUCUCUUGAUUCCCGUCUGGAUAAACAAAGGUUCCUAGAGUUUAAUCAUGGUGCAUUCAUGAUUCCAAAAAAGUUGGAAUUCCAAGGACAGAAGACUGAUGAAGCUGCAGAAGCUGGAAUCCAAAGCAUCAUGCACAGAGAAAUGGAAACAAGACUGACACAACUCCAACAAAGGGUUACAUCACUCAGAGCUGAAUCAGAAGAGGUUUGGAAGACACUGGAAACAGCUGAGAGCACCUUAUUGGAGAUGGUGAGUGCCAAAGAUUAUGAUUGUAGCAGUUAUUUCGGCGACAAUGCAUUGCCGGCGAGUAAACCCCCUGAGACAGUUUCUAUAAAGCUCAGGGCAGACCGCCAGGAGACUGAAGAAUUUUAUUUAACAAAAUUUCGCGAAUAUCUAGUGGGUUCCACAAAGAUAGCACGUCUGGAAUCCAAACAGGAGUUUCUGAGACAGACUCUAUUAGCUCAAUAUCCGGAUUCCCGUCAUUCUAUCAAACCUGUAGUGAGAACGCCCAAAAGAAAAAGGAUCGGCCGACUGCAGAUGAGCGGUCAGCCGAAACUUUUCGGGGGUUCUAUAGAGGAGUACCAAGAAGCCACUAAUCAGGAGAUUCCUCUGAUCAUGAGGUCUUGCAUUCGAGUGAUUAAUCUGUAUGGUCUGCAUCAUCAGGGUAUAUUCAGAGUGUCUGGUUCACAAGUUGAAAUAAACAACUUCAGGGAAUGGUUUGAGAGAGGGGAAGAUCCAUUGGCUGAUAUGACUGACGCGUCUGAUAUCAACAGUGUUGCUGGAGUACUGAAAUUGUAUCUGAGAGAAUUGAGGGAGCCUUUAUUUCCCAUUAUUUACUUUGAACAAUUCAUGGAAAUUGCUCAAUUAGAGUCAAAGAAAGAGUUUGUUAGGAGAAUGAAAGAACUGAUAAUGAGUUUGUCAAGGUCAGUGAUGGUGGUGCUGAGAUAUCUAUUUGCCUUUUUGAAUCAUUUAUCUGAAUUUUCCGACGAGAAUAUGAUGGAUCCCUAUAAUCUGGCCAUUUGUUUUGGACCAACUCUUGUACCAGUUCCAGAAGAUAAAGACCAAGUCCAGUAUCAGAACCAAGUUAAUGAGCUCAUAAAAAAUAUAAUAAUGUUCAAUGAUGACAUAUUCCACAAUGACGGCGGCACUGUUUAUGAAAAGUACAUCUCGCCGAAUCCCGAGGAUAAUGACGUUGAAGAAUCCCCUGAUCAGACCCAAGAUGAUAUGGAUUCAGAAGUCUAUCCUUCAGAAGAUGACUCUGAAAAUAUGGAAGCUACCGCACAAUUCGACUUUGUUGCUAGAUCUGAUCGGGAGUUAUCCUUACAAAGGGGCGAUUCGGUGACCUUGUACUCGCAAGUGUCAAACGAUUGGUGGAGAGGUGCUGUCAAAGGGCAAGAAGGACUCAUCCCCGAUAAAUAUAUAUCCUUGAAAAUGAAAGGCGAUGACAAAGAAAAAUCCAGCCUAUCCAAAUCUAGCUCUUCUGAGGAUUAUGUUUGUAGAAGAACAUCUAUCUCUACUGACUCCAUCUUGUCCGGGAGUUCUCCAUCAGUCAGUAACUUGAAUUCACCUUCAGCACAGGGUCCUCAGUUGACAUGGAGUGAGGCUGCUAAUUUGGCUGAAUGCAAAGAAAAUCUAGGCCAGGCAAGAGUGGGAUUGAUACUGAAACCAUCUGAGCUCCUGAAAGAGAGUCCUCUCAGUGUCAACAUUGAAAAAUUUAAAGUGAAAAAUGUUGAUCAGGAGGAGUCUUCAACCAGUAGCAGCAACACUGAAUCUGAAGAUGAGAAGAUUGGCUCAUCUGAAAUGCAGUCUGAGAUAGAUGAAUCCAAUGUCAACUUCUCUGAGAAUCGGGAGCUUUGGCAGAGAAGAGCAGUUCUGGAAACGGCCCUAGUUCCCCCUGUGCUGAAAUCCCAUAAAAUUCCUGAACUGUAUCUUCACAAGCAAAAUCACACUCCCGAUUUAGUAAUGGAUUUGCCCCUUGUGGGUAGUCCCAGUCCAAAGGACCAAUUAUUGACCAAACCUGCAUCAGUUGCUGUAGGGGUAUAUCCAGAGAGCUCUUCAGUUAUGGAAUUGAGUUCUCCCAAAGGUUUGGAAACAGCUUCUGGGGGUGAUAGUCCAGAAAUGCAAACUGCUGCAGAAACUUUUGCCAAACAGAACCAGUGCACUUUGAAAAAGAAUAAGAAAAAUCAGAUACCUGAAGCACAAUACUUGACUAGGAGUCCUAGUCAUGAAUCCUUUCCUCUGAGAGAUGUAACGGGAGGGUAA